AUGGAUUCUCAAAGUAAGAGAAUUACACAGGCAAGGUAUUAGUAUUACUUGAAAAAGAAAAAAGCUAAAAUUAAGUAACUUAAAGAGAUCCUGAUAGAAAAACGAAAGGAAAAGGGCCUUAAUUAUGAUGACAAGAAUCCUUAUUCUCCUGCUAAAGGAAAUCUCUCACCAAAGACCAUUCGAAGUCCUUACAUUAGGGGGUCUAUCGAUAACAAUAUGUCAGCUUCCCACAGGAAAAACUUAAGUUAUUCUCAAUUGGAAACUAGGAAUAAAGUCGCUUUUAUGACUUAAGUGAACGAAUCAUCGUCUACUCAGAUGACAACUGAUAGAGUAUCAUUUAAGAAUAUCAUUUUGAAGCCUAUGCAAAACUCAGAUAUUAUUAAUCCCUAUGAGUAAUCAGCACAUACAAACCACAUUAUUUACGAGAAGAAACUCAAUAAAACUAAUUCAUAGCUAGAAAAUAAAGAGCUAGUAGUAAAUAAAGAGCCAGAUAUUCCUCUUAAGGUAAAUUUGGACUUCAAAAACCCAGAGUUAUUUAUCAAUCAAAAAAUUGUUAACUUAGAAAAAAUGACAUCAGCAAUGGUUAAACUGGAUACUAUGGCUGACGAUGAUAAAGAACGCUUUGAGAAUAAAUUGAAAGAAAGGAGGCGCAAGGUUAUGAAACUAAAAGAACUGCUCAAUGAAGAGGAGUUUGAAAGAGAAAGAAGAAUCCAAAAAGAAAAGGAAAGAUAAAAGAACGCUUUACUAUCGGUUGAGAGACAAUAGCAGAAUAUGGAAAAGAAAGCUUAUCAAGACUAUCAGGAAUAUUUGAAAUAACGAAUGCAGCUAUAGAAGGAAAAGGAAAAACAGGAACACGAGUUAUCUAAAAUUAAGUUCAAAGAGAUGAUUGGCAAUAUGAUGAAAGAGAAAGAGUAGGAAACUUUCAAAGAUAUAGUUAAGAAAUAAGAAUAAGAUGAAGUGUAGACUCAUCUGCAAAUCAUAGAUGAAAAGCUGCAUUAGAAGAGUUAGAAAUAUCUAUAGACACUGACCCAAAUUAGAGAAUCUAGGAGUCAAUAUAACCUUAAGCACAAUAGAGUAAGGACCUUAAUCAUAGACAAAAAUGCUAGUUCAGAAAUAGAGAACAUGAAAGAGGGCUAUAAAAAGAUUUCAAAAGUCAAGACUAAGGCAUAGAAGGUUUAUGAUAAUAGGAAGGAACUAUAAGAAAGCUUGAGUCAGUAUAAUACUAUUAAGCUUGAGACAAAGAGGAAAUAGUACGAGGAGAUUAUGAAAGAAAAGGAAUCAUGGUCUUAGACUGUCCUGCAAAAGCACUAGAAGAUAGAGGACUAAGUAAUGCUGAGAAAUAAAAGCAUUGAAGAGCAUGUAAAGGCCAGAAAAGAAUAUAACAACUUGAGGUUUAUGGACUAAUUUUUGAAUUACUCAGAUAUAAUAGAUGAAAAGCGUCGCCGCUAGGAGAUGAUUCUGAAGAAACACGAGGUCAUAAACUUAAGUCUGUUAAGUCAGAAGAGGAAAUACGAUGAGUUGCAGCAAAGCUAGCGUUUCUUAGAGAUUUAAAAGAAGAGAGAAAUGUUCAGUGACUAUCAGUUCUAAAGUCUCAAACCACAGAACAAAGUUCUAGAUGUUAGCUUGAAAAGGCAAAUACUAGCUGAUGAACCUGUAGCUAGGAGCAGGGCUAUGAUAAAAAACAUAAGGUUUAACUCUACAAGUGAGUGA